AUGCGUAAAUCAGAUUGGCUCGUUCUCCAGAAGUAUGUCCCCCGUGUUCACGUCUUGCGCACAGACACGUCGACUAUGCACAUUAUCGUAGAUGUCGGCGUGCUUAGUGCAGUGAGCUGCUACUGCGGCCCCACCCUUCUACCAAACAUACAGCGUAUGUAUGUUGGAGACGAAGACUACCCCUAUCUCGCGCCAUUGCUACAUGACAUCGUGUUUUUUCCGCGGUUAUUUCUAGGAACCCGGCUCACUGUGCUUAGUCUAUAUGGGCUUGAGUCGAAGGCAUCCCCCAUUUUGACAGUCGCGGCUGACGCAUGUCCGUUGCUCAAGGACAUCCAUCUUACAUUCCACGGUGAUAUCAAAGAUGAAAUCAUAGAGAUUACUGAGGUUAUCGCCUGCAGGCUGAAGAAACUCGAGUCAAUUCAUCUUGAUCUUCCGGACGACUUCACAGUGUCCGUCCCACAGAUCCUGUCGGUACUAUCACCGCUCUCAGCGCUAUCGAAGUUAAGCCUCAAGUGGCGCGUCCCCUCUCAAAAUCUGCGCUCUACCUCACCAAGCACCUGCGGGACUGCCAUUAGGCUUCCCGCCCUCCGCUACCUUCUCAUACAAACCCAACCCCUUCAAGUCAUGCACGUGAUGAAUGCACUGCAAGAUCUUACAAGCCUCAAUUGCUUGUCAGUGAUAUUCAACGAUGUGCACGCUGAUACAGCCGUCCCCGAGGCCAUUGCCGCCAUAGCCGAGACUCUGGUCGAUACUAGCGCACCCGUCCACGAUAUAGAACUCUUGUUCCCCGAUUCAGACAAUACCAGCUUGCUUCCCUUUGACGUAUUCCGCCCGUUGCUUCGUCUCCACAACUUGACAUGUUUCAGUGUGGGAGAAUGCCCACAUCCCGCAUGGGAUGACUCCAUUCUGGAGCAGCUAGCGCGAUCGUUCCCGAACUUUACCCACCUCAACCUACUCUGGCUUCGCUCGCCAUACGUCGACAUGGGAGACGUAACGGACACCAAUAUCACGCUCCGUGGACUCGCUUCGCUGCUUCUCCACUGUCCAAAGCUUCAGAUGCUUGGCCUCGCCGUUGACGUGACCAGCUCCGAAGACCUGGAUGACGAAGACUCCGACGUCAGCCGCGUAUGCCACACCCAGCUGACCUACUGGCAGGUGUACAACUCUGUGAUCGAGGAUGACGACGACGUCGACCUUGCCGCACAGACGCUUGCUCGCAUUGCACCCAACAUCGCGUCCUUCGUGCCGCUGGCAAUCGACCAGGCUUGGCAUCUAGGCGAUCACGCAGCUGUGAAGGACAGCGCCAGGCAGUGGGACAGGAUUGCGGAGCAGCUCGCGUGGUGUAACGCAGCUCGCGAGCAUUAUCUCGCCUACGCGCCCAACGCUAGCCGUUAG